GUGAGCGUCUCUCCUCACACUGACUGCACCAGAACAAGAGCUUGAGAGUGAGAGUGAGGAUGAUGGGUGGCAAGGCCGCUCUGCUGCUGGCCCUGGUGGCCGUGACCCUGGCCGUCGUGGAGAUCCAGGCCGACGCCGGCUACGGCUACGGCGGCGGCUACCCGACGCCGACGCCGAAGCCGCCGGCCAAGGGGCCCAAGCCGGAGAAGCCCCCGACCAAGGGCCACGGCCACAAGCCGGAGAAGCCGCCCAAGGAGCACAAGCCGACUCCGCCCACCUACACCCCGAGCCCCAAGCCCACGCCGCCGCCGGCUACUCCCAAGCCGACGCCGCCCACCUACACGCCGAGCCCUAAGCCCAAGUCGCCGGUCUACCCUCCCCCGCCGAAAGCCAGUACUCCUCCGACCUACACCCCGAGCCCCAAGCCUCCGGCGACCAAGCCGCCUACCUACCCGACCCCCAAGCCACCAGCUACCAAGCCUCCGACACCUCCUGUGUACACUCCGAGCCCCAAACCACCGGUUACAAAGCCUCCUACACCCAAGCCGACCCCGCCGGUGUACACGCCGAACCCCAAGCCACCGGUUACCAAGCCUCCGACACACACGCCGAGCCCCAAGCCUCCGACAUCCAAGCCGACUCCGCCGGUGUACACACCGAGCCCCAAGCCACCGAAGCCGUCCCCGCCGACGUACACGCCGACCCCGAAGCCACCGGCUACCAAGCCGCCCACCUCAACUCCGACGCACCCUAAGCCGACGCCGCACACGCCUAUCCCCAAGCCCACGCCGCCAACCUACAAGCCGGCACCGAAGCCGACGCCGCCGGCGCCCACCCCGCCGACAUACACGCCGCCGGUGUCGCACACCCCCAGCUCGCCGCCGCCGCCGCCGCCGCCGCCUUACUACUAGACGAAGAAGUGAUGAGGUCUCCCACUCUGCUGUCAGUCUCGGAGCAUUUAGAAGGUGAUCGAUCGAAGAGUUUGUGUCCUAGCCAGCCGGCCAAGAUGAGCUGCUGAUGAUGAUGAGAGGCGAGGAGCGAGUCGUACCCCUCCCUCCUCUGUGGUGUGCUGCCGGCCGAUCCAUGCAUCAUCCCCAGCUGCAGGAGAAAAAAUAAUGCAGAGCUCUGCUGCUCCGUCUGUUUCCUGUCCUCCCGUGUGUUAGUUUUUGUGUGUUCGUCCAUGUGUUAGCAGGUGUAUUUGUGUGGGUAAUGGUAUUGCAACUAUUGGUGUAAAACCAUAAUAAAAUGUGGAAAUAUAUGCAAGGAAAAAGCUUGUUCUAGUUCU